CGCCAGUGGCUGCACCUCGCCAGUGUUGGUGCCAGUGCCACAGCGCCCCCGACCAUCUCCCACCCAUCCACCGCGUCUGUCCAAACUCCUCCACAGCUAUGUCCAGAGCAUCAGUACAAAACCCCCUGGCAACGAUAGCAUCAAGCUCGUCCAUUCCGGGACUUGCGGGUCUCGCAGAUCCUCCCACUCGACAAAUAGACGCUGCCGCGAUGGACUACUUCCUCAUCGAGAUGGUCAGCACAUUGCGCGCAUCCUCUGCGGUCGCUGCGGCACGAGCGAAGAAGCUUGAACAAGACAUGAUAGAUGCUGGCCUCAUGCCCGCACCCUCACACGUUCCCCCAACGCUCAAGGAUACUCAGAGGGACUCCGUGGGCAGCAUUACCUCAAAGGCUUCUGGCGGGAAAGCCGCUUUAGAUGACGAGGAGGAGGCCGUGAGAUCGCGUCUGGAAGCUAUCGGCAUGCAUGUUGGAGCAAAUGUCGCCGAGAGGCUAUGUCACGACCGAGGGAUGUUCGCAGAUACUCUUGACGCAGUGAAGUUCGUAUGCAAAGAUCUAUGGGUCGCAGUUUGGGACAAGCAGGUCGACAAUCUGCGUACGAAUCAUCGCGGUGUAUACGUAUUACAAGACAACGCUUUCCGACCUAUCACACGGCUGUCCAGCUGGCGAGGACGGGCAGAUGCCAUGAGGAAGGCAAGAUUGUACGUCGCAAUGUCCGCAGGCAUCCUUCGAGGCGCUCUCGUCAGGCUAGGAUACCAAGCUGCCGUAGUUCCCGAGAUCCUCAACCUACCACAAUGUUCGUUUCAACUGCGGCUGCCCAAAGGUCCAUGAUGCGACAAACCGACGUCUUGUCUACCACGCGCGCGCAAGACCAUAUAUCCCAAGCAUCCGCUAUCAGUGUCAUUGUGCGCUGAAAUCUUUGAGCUGGUACAAGAGAACGCGACCACGGUUGUUCCCAAUGGCAACAUACUCGCUCCGCGCCGAGAAGUCUACGCUCGUAACGUGACCCAAUGGGGUACUCGAGGUUGGCCAAUUCGAGAACGCCGUCAGCGUUGGUAAAUGGAUCUACGAGUUGGGGAGGGUUCAGCAAUGCGGACGAUAGUGGGGUACAAUUCAACGCAUACCAUGCGCAUUUGAUCCUUC